AUGGCCGCCACGACAUAUAUGACAUCUUCGGGUGAUUUAGAGAUGGCACUAGGUGGUGGAUAUCACACAUCGUCACCUAGAAGUGCUGCAGAUGCAAACGAAAUGAAAUAUAUGCAUCAUCAUCAAGCAAAUCACCAUCAUGUGCCCUCAAGUCCAAGUCCUAAUCAUGCUGGUUUAAGUUCCGUUGGUGGUCUCGGUGGAGUUGGUGGAAAUCCAUGGGCUGCCUUACAGCCCUCAGAUCCAUGGGCAUUACAUUCACAUCACACUCAUCAUCCCCAUCAUCCAGCCGAUGUUAAACAAGAAAUGCAUUCAGCGCUAGCACAACAAGCUAGAACACAACAAGGAAUGGCAUCACCACAUGCCUGGCAUGCACCAGUUCAUGCAGCGGCUCAUUAUGCGCCGUCAGCAGGAUCACCACUUCAAUAUCAUCAUGCGAUGAAUGGAAUGCUUCAUCAUCCGGCACAUCCACAUCACCAAACAUCAGCACCACUUCAUCAUGCAUUGAGAGGUGAAUCACCACAAUUACAUUUACAUCCUCAUCACUUACAAGGCGAUCGUGAUGUGAGUGCGGGCGAGGAAGAUACUCCGACAUCAGACGAUUUGGAAGCAUUUGCAAAACAAUUUAAGCAACGUCGUAUCAAGUUAGGUUUCACACAAGCCGAUGUCGGUUUAGCAUUGGGUACUUUAUACGGUAAUGUGUUUUCACAAACAACAAUUUGUCGGUUCGAGGCUUUACAAUUAAGUUUUAAAAAUAUGUGUAAACUAAAGCCGCUCCUUCAAAAGUGGCUUGAAGAGGCUGAUUCAACGACCGGGUCACCGACAAGUAUUGACAAAAUUGCUGCACAAGGACGAAAACGUAAAAAGCGCACUAGCAUAGAAGUGUCAGUGAAGGGUGCAUUGGAAACACAUUUUCAUAAACAACCAAAACCGUCGGCACAAGAAAUAACAGCAUUAGCCGAUUCAUUACAAUUAGAGAAAGAAGUUGUGCGAGUGUGGUUCUGUAAUCGUCGACAAAAAGAGAAGCGUAUGACUCCACCGAAUACGAUGGGUGGUGAUAUGAUGGAUGGUAUGCCACCAAGUCAUAUGGGUCAUCCUGGACAUGGAGGUUAUCAUCAUCCUCAUGAUAUGCAUGGAAGUCCUAUGGGAACACAUCAUAGUCACAGUCAUUCACCACCAAUGCUGAGUCCACAAAUGUCAACCGGUGGUGCUGUUCAGUCGUCAGCUCUAAACUCACCGACAACGACUUCAGCGAUGUCUGGAAUGUAUAUUGAUCCACGACAUCCAUCAAUACAACAGCAACAACUUCAUGCGAGACGUAUCUUUCAAGAGUGGACUCUACAGUUUGGACCAACCGGUCCUGCUCCUGGUGCAAGAUAUUUGAACUGA